AUGUCUACCCAGCACAUCAGUGUUUUGGGUGUUCCUCCAAAUUCAGCAAGCAGGACUGCAAAGGGCUUUCAGAAGCAUUGGAGAGCUGUGGCCCAUGGGAAUGGCCCAGCCCAGGGGCUCCCCACUUGCUGCAGGGAGCUUGGUUGCUCUCCUCAGGGCAGCAGGCUGCUCUCCAUCCCUGUAGCAUCAUCUAGUGGCCAAGGGCAUGUCAGAAUACAUUGGCUCCAGCUGUCCCACAGCACUGUGAGCACGGCUGUAACGCUCCUCCGGGCCUUUCUUCUUACAGGAGGUUACGAGCGUUUUGCCUCGGAGUAUCCUGAAUUCUGCGCUAAAACCAAGACUCUAAGCAGCGUUUCACCCCCCAGCAGCACCGAGUCCCUGGAUUUGGGCUUCAGUUCAUGUGGGACCCCCUUUCACGACCAGGGUGGCCCUGUGGAAAUCCUUCCCUUCCUCUACCUUGGCAGCGCCUACCAUGCGGCACGGCGGGACAUGCUGGAUGCAUUGGGCAUCACAGCCCUGCUGAACGUCUCAUCCGACUGCCCCAACCACUUCGAGGGGCACUACCAGUAUAAGUGCAUCCCUGUGGAAGACAACCACAAAGCUGACAUAAGCUCCUGGUUCAUGGAGGCAAUUGAGUACAUUGACUCAGUGAAAGAGUGCUGUGGCCGAGUCCUUGUCCACUGCCAGGCCGGCAUCUCCCGCUCAGCCACCAUCUGCCUGGCCUACCUGAUGAUGAAGAAGCGCGUCAAGCUGGAAGAGGCCUUCGAGUUUGUCAAGCAGCGCCGGAGCAUCAUCUCUCCUAACUUCAGCUUCAUGGGGCAGCUGCUGCAGUUCGAAUCGCAGGUCUUGGCCACCUCGUGUGCAGUGGAAGCUGCCAGCCCCUCAGGGACACUGCGGGAGCGGGGCAAGACCACUUCUACCCCUACCUCCCAGUUUGUCUUCAGCUUCCCUGUCUCCGUUGGUGUCCAUGCCACCCCCAGCAACCUCCCAUACCUGCACAGCCCCAUUACCACGUCACCCAGCUGUUAGCUUGGGGCUAAGGCCAGCCAGGCAGGUAGCACAGAGGGGCACAGAGCCCUGGGAUGUUAAGCAAUAGUGCCGGACACUGCCAUUGACCCUGGACUCAAUGUCUUUUUCGUAGAGCAAUUUCUUACCUCAUCUCGUUUGUUUUUUUUGUUUUUUUUUUGCCUUUUAUGUUGUGAAAGCCACAAACCUCGAUGUUGUCCAAGUUCUGUUGUGGGGGAGGAAAAAAUAGUGUACUGGGUUUCCUGAAGUGCCUGGUCUGCAUCUCUUCCCAUCUCUACUUUAUUAUCUUGUUUUUUUCAGGAAGAAAAAAAAAGAAAGAAAACCCUCCCCUUCCAUCCUGUUUCUGCCCCCAGUUCAUUUGGGUGUUGACUUGGGUUGAAAAGGGAGCAUAAGCUAUUUCUGUUGCACAGCACUUUCCCCCCUUUGCACAGAGGGACACUGGUGAGUGCGGUAUGUGCUGCUACCUGAGCCAGUCACAGUGACCAGCAAUGCUGCAGCAGGAUUUCAGGGUGAUUGCGGGGAGCUUCAGGUCACCUGCUGUGCUGGCUUCUGGGGGACAGCAGCCUCUAGCUGGGAGGCAGCAUGGAUGGAGAGAUGCAAUCCUAAGUGAUGCUUCUGUGUGUGUAUGUGUAUAUGUACCUGUGUCUUUAAGUCUCCCCAGUUCCCAUAAAACUUGUGCCAAACCUCCUGUAGCUUAAAGAAGAGAAAGAAGGGGUAAGGACAGCAAUACAGGCUGCUGAUUACUCUUGACCUGUUCCCUCCCUACCAUCCUAUAGCUGCUCUUCCCAAAGAAGCAGGGUAGGACAGGGCUGGACUGUGAUGUGGAGAGAAGCAGUGGGGGAAGAAGAGGUGCAGAGGUGUCUUCCAUCUCACUUUCUGCACUCCAGGACCAGCAUCUGCCACUACCUGGGCUCUGCAGAGCAUUCACCCACCCGCACUGGGCUGCAAGGUCCCACACACCCAGGCAUCUGCACUGCAGCCUUAGGCUCAAGCCCAGAAAAUGCUUCAUCCCCAAUCCCUGUGUAGCUUUACCACUCUCCAUCUUCCCAGCCCACACCAAUACAAAAUGCCUGUGUGGCUGAUGUACA